CGUGACCAAGAGCUGCCUAGAGCUCAACUCCUUGCUAGUCGCUUCUGUCUGGGUACCAGCCCCCUAUUACUCUGCGGGCUUAUGAACGAAGGAGGAAACUAGCUUCGGAUUGUGCAGAUUUUUAGGUCUGUUGGCCCAUAGAUCGCCACAAAAGUCGCGGAGGGAAGCAGCAAACUGUCUUGGGACCCUGCAGUCUUCAUUGCUGGCUGUCUUUCCAUCUGUCAUUCUGCUAGACUGUCCAUCAAGAACUGUGGAAGGAGCACUGACAACAGAAGACAAGAAGAAGGAGGAAUUUACCUGACUUUGGCAGAGAUUCAUCACAAGACAGCUACAGGAGUCUGAGAGAGGCUAAAGAUCACUGCUCUCCACCAUUACAGAACCUAGCUCUAAAAUUCCUCUUCAAUCAGGUGGAGAAGGGCCCUCUCCUGUCCUUCCACAAGGCUGACACAGGCUUGAACAUGGGCCGGGCUCGGGAAGUGGGUUGGAUGGCCGCAGGACUAAUGAUUGGAGCUGGUGCCUGCUACUGCGUUUACAAACUAACCAUAGGAAGAGAUGACAAUGAGAAACUGGAGGAGGAGGAAAAGGAAUGGGAAGACAACCAAGAGCUGGAUGAAGAGGAGUCCCAGAUGUGGUUUGAUUUUAUAACUAUGGCUCGGCCCUGGAAUGAGGAUGGGGACUGGACUGAACCAGGGGCCCCUGACGGAACAGAAAACAGGCUCUCAGGUGGGGGCAAGGCCAAUCGAAUACACCCAACAAGACAGCGUCCAUUCCCCUAUAAACAUAAAAAUACUUGGAAUGCUGAAAGCCUUAAAAUUUUCAGUUGUACUCUUGGCCUCUCCAAGGGUCCUUUCAUUCAGGGGAAAAUGUUUGCUCAGCCCGAGGAUGCUGGUUUUUCAUUUAGCCACAAUAUCAAUAGUCAUUUGGCCAGCCUCUCCAUUGUUGGAAACACGAUCCCCACUCCCGACCCCACUGUUAAGCAGGCUUUAUGUGCCCUGGAUAACGAGAGUGCCAGUGUGGAAAAUCAGGGCCAGAUUAAGAUGUCCAUCAGUGAAGUGUGUCGGGAAACUGUGUCACAUUGCUGCAACUCAUUUCUGCAGCAGGCCGGAUUAAAUUUGUUAAUAAGCAUGACAGUUAUUAAUAACAUGCUUGCCAAAUCCGUUUCAGACCCGAGGUUUCCUUUGAUAUCAGAGGGAAGUGGAUGUGCUGAGGUUCAUGUUUUGAAACAGUUGAUGGGUUUGUCUGAAAAACCAGUCUUGGCAGGGGAAUUGCUGGGUCCCCAAAUGCUGCUCUCAUUCCUGUCCCUCUCUAUCAGGAACGGAAACGGACAGGUUCUCCCGGACACCCUGGCCUCUUAAAAGACCAUCCCAAACAGAAUGGGACCAAAUCUACCCAAAACCCGUUUGGGGAGCACGCACUUGUGUUCUCAUUCAAAGACUCUGCAGAGGGUGCUAUAGAAGAUCCAGCCUUAGCCAUCACCGCAUCAUGGGGUGAAAGUCACACUUGCUAAAUCGAGGGCCACGUUACUAUUGGCGGGGCGGGGGUUCCCACUGAGCUCUGAGUAACUUCUGGUUGUGCAGUCUACAGGUAAUGUGCAUUGUAAAUUACUUCCUCACUUCUUCCUGUGGUAAAGGGCUCAUUGCAGCUGCCAGCUGUGGACAAAGCAUCAGGAAGGAUGCUUGCCUUUGGUGGUCUCCCUGUGUAAGCUGGACUGUCUUGUGGAGACCAGACACAUAUCGGAGCUUGUGCUGAAAAUGCUGUUGUUGCUGCAUACGUCAAAUUCUUUUUCGUUUACUCUUUCUUCUACACCAGCCGAUGGAUGGUGAGCCCAUUCAUCAGAAAAGUGCACUCCCUUUCCAUGUUCUGUGCUGACUUAACCUCAUCCACCCAAGUCUACAUGUGUAUGUUUCAUCAAUAAACUUGUGUGCUUUGACUG